GCUUGCUUGAUGUGAGUGUGAGAUACCAACGAUCCAUGAAAACGGCAGCAGGCAUAACUGCUCAAGCUGUUUCUCUCUCUGUACAAAUACACAGAGCAGCUGGCUUGCAAGCAGCAGCUAGAGCUGUGGCACAAAAGAACCCUUCAGUCCAGUACUAUGCGGGUGUGGGAGUUAAUGCUUAUGUCUCUGUGCACCUCUCCUUCCUACCUGAGGCAGAGAGACGCAGCACACGAGCUGUGGCUUGUACUUUCUGCCCCGAGUUUGAGCACCAUGUAGAGUUUCCUUGUAACCUCAUCAUUCAGAAAAGUAGCGGAGAAGCCUCUUCUCUGGGGGAACUCCUGCAGUCUGCCAACAUCGUCUUCUCUGUCUACCAUCAGACCACCAAGUCAGCCACUGAGACAUUGGCAGCUCGGACAUCAAGAGAUUAUCUUCUUGGGACAGUCACAAUUCCAACCAGAGACCUGCUGAGAAGGAGAUCAGGUAUUACAGGCUGGUACCCAGUCACCUUAUCUGAAGAUUUAAUGCCGUCACACUGCACAAACAUCAUGCAGGCCGUUGUGGGAGGACUGGAACUUUCUAUUACCUUUGCUCAUCAGGACGACAGAGAGCGUGUUUUGGAGGCCGCUAAGCUCUUAGGAUGGAACAGCGAGGAGAGCCGUGAAGACAGCACGGACGAUAGUGAUGAAUGGGAGCAGAACGCCAAUCCAGCGACCGUGAGCAUCUCAACUCCAAGAGUAUGGCUGCCGGUCCACUGCGUGCUGCUCACAGGCCAGAUGCACCUAAAUAAAAGCACUUAUUGCUACCUCAGGUAUAAGCUAUAUAAUCAGGAAGCCGCGUGGACUUCGCUUCGGAGGCCAAAAUUGAGUGACGACACAGAGAACGUUACAGUGAACUUUAAGAAACCAAACAAGAUGACUUUGAGAAGGAGCCAAGGAUUGCUUUGGUUCUUCAGGGAGGAGAAAUUAGAAAUCCAAGUGUGGUGGGCAUACGGUAAAGAAAAUGAUGUGGAAAGACCACUUGAUACAGAUCGUCUUAUUGGAUCUGCCUAUGUAGACCUCGCAGCAUUAGCAGAAAGGUCAAGGACAACACUAAGUGUUAGUGGGGUUUAUCCGUUGUUCAGAUGCAACGCUGCGAACCUAGCGGGAGCUGCUGUACGUGUUCACAUCGCCCUUUCUUCCACUUCUGCUCUGCCCAGCAGACUUCACUGUGCUGAGGAAUACAGCAACAGUGAAGAUGAAGGCACAGAGAAAGCACCUGGUCUGAGCCAACAGGGCACUGAAAAUCAGAGUCAGAAACCGGAUAUCGUAAGUUCAGAAAUCACCAACGACAAACCACAAGAAGACGACGUGAUGUUUCUAGAAAACACAGUUGCUGUCAAUAUCCUUGUGGAGAGAGCAAUGCAUCUAAGUUUAAAAGGGAGCCCUUUGACAGAACGUGAAGUAACAGCACCCAGUAGCUGUGUAUCAUUUGCUGUUGCUGGUGCAGAUGCUCCGAUUACCACUUCAGUAAUAGAAAAUACAGACUCACCGGUCUGGGACUUUCAGCAACAAGCAAGAUUAUCCAAAGAGCUUCUGCUGGAUCCACAGCAAACCUUGGUCUUCAAAGUGUGGCAUAAAGCAGAGACCGAGCGAGUGAUAGGAUUUGCAUCAGUGGACCUUUCUCCUCUUCUUUCUGGCUUCCAGCUCGUGUGCGGGUGGUACAAUAUCACGGACUUCAGCGGACAGUGCCGAGGGCAGAUCAAAGUAGCAAUUUCCCCUCUUCAAAACAUAAAUAAUCUCAAAGAAGAAAGGCAGGCAAGGAUCUGGACCCAGCCACCGAGUUCUUCAGUGAAGCCCAGCUUUCCAACAUUUUCCAGUAAUGCUACAAACUUUUCCAAGGAGAUGCUGAAUACCUUGUCAAAGGAAGUCAGCGUUCCUACUCGAGAGCGGCUUGUUUCUAGCAGAAUUAGCCCCCCUGGAACACACGCGCCUCGUCACGACGAGCAUAUGCAGAACGUGCGCAGAUUUCACGAAUCCCUGCAGCAAACGGAAGGGAACGCGCACCGGGCGGCAAAGAUGGACUCGUUAUCUCUGUCAUCACGCGCUUCUCUUCUAACUGCUCUCAGAAAAAACUUGAGCGAGCUGGAUGACGUUCAAAGAUACUUCAGUCAGAAGCUGACCAGGUCUUUUCCUGACCUCACUUACGGUAAUGCAUCCAAACCAAGUCAUGAGGAGCAUCAGAGUGAUCACCGGGGCUUGAGGAGCAGAGAAGUGGAUCCCAGUGCAUGCCAUCUUUUGGAAAAAUCUAGUCAGUUGGUGUCGCAGGUCAGCAGCCUAAUCAAUG